UUGCUUUGCGGCGCUUUCCGCGGGGAACUGUGAGGGGUGGGGGAAACUUUGAAAGUUGGAUGCUACAGACCCGUUCUUUUCAGGGUCCUUUUCCUGCUGCAUCUGCAUCAGGUCCUUAGGCAUGGGUGGCAAGAAACUCAGACGAGUGGGAUUACCACAAGAGCUGUGUGACCGUCUGAAUAGAUAUCAGAUUGUUACCUGUCAGGACUUUUUAUGUCUUUCCCCACUGGAGCUUAUGAAGAUGACCGGCCUUAGUUAUAGAGGUGUCCAUGAACUUCUAUGUAUGGUCAGCAGGGCCUGUGCCCCACAGAUGCAAACGGCUUAUGGGAUGAAGAUGCAGACGUCUGCUUCUCUCUCCCCAGCGUUCUUAGCCACAACCCUUUCUGCAUUGGAUGAAGCCCUGCAUGGUGGUGUGGCUUGUGGAUCCCUCACAGAGAUUACAGGCCCACCAGGUUGUGGAAAAACUCAGUUUUGUAUAAUGAUGAGCAUUUUGGCCACGUUACCCACCAACAUGGGAGGAUUAGAAGGAGCUGUUGUGUAUGUCGACACAGAGUUAGCAUUUAGUGCUGAAAGACUGGUUGAGAUAGCAGAAUCUCGUUUCCCCAGAUAUUUUGACACUGAAGAAAAAUUGCUUUUGACAAGCAGUAAGGUUCAUCUUUAUCGGGAACUCAGCUGUGAUGAAGUUCUACAAAGGAUUGAAUCUUUGGAAGAAGAAAUUAUUUCAAAGGGAGUUAAACUUGUAAUUAUUGAUUCUGUUGCUUCUGUGGUAAGAAAGGAGUUUGAUACACAACUUCAAGGCAACCUGAGAGAAAGAAACAAGUUCUUGGCAAGAGAAGCAUCCUCCUUGAAGUAUUUGGCUGAGGAAUUUUCAAUCCCGGUUAUCUUGACGAAUCAAAUUACUACGCAUCUAAGCGGAGCUCUAGCUUCUCAGGCAGACCUGGUGUCUCCAGCUGAUGAUUUGUCCCUGUCUGAAGGCACUUCUGGAUUCAGCUGUGUGACAGCUGCCCUAGGAAACACCUGGAGUCACAGUGUGAAUACCCGUCUGAUGCUCCAGUCCCUUGGUUCAGACAGAAGACAGAUUCUCAUCGCCAAGUCCCCUCUGGCUCCCUUCACCUCAUUUGCCUACACCAUCGAGAAGGAAGGCCUGGUUCUUCAAGGCCAACAGAGGCCACAGGGACACACUAUGACCGUUGUCUAGAGCUGCUGGGCACACGAUUUGUGAAAUGAAACAGGAUGGUGCUGCUUGGAAGAAGGAAACGGAAGCCAACAUAAUGGGGAUUAAUUAGUUGAUUGAUGUUGAGAUGGUAACAGAUUUGCCUCCAUACCAUUGAGCCAGCCAUCUCAGACCUAGCAGGGAAGGUGAGGAUGAAGAAGCCUUUGUUCAGGUCUGUAGAUGCGUGGGGCUGAAGGCUUUGCCGCCAUGGGAUGUCAACAGCCAUAAUAAUAAUAAUUUGCACUUACAUAGCACCUUUCAACCAGGCACCUCAAAGCAGUUCAGCCACGUUAAUUAAUUAAAGCCCACAAUCCCCCUGGGGAGAGGAGGAGGAUGACUAACAGGAUUUGUAAUUACAGGAGGGAACAUUUCCGAAUAAAGUAUUGUCCACCAUAUAAAGAGAGUGGGUGUAAAGGAAUUGGGGUCUCCAAAGAGUUACUGAUUCAGAAAUUAAAUCAUGGAAAGAUGGGGAGGCUGGGGGCGGGCAUGGGUAUGGGGGUCUGCUCUUGUGUCAGAGGGAGGUCGAUGGGCUCAGAAUUCACUGACAGGUUCGGAUCCAACUGAGAAGCGGGACAUGUCUGGUAUUAGUGGCAUUUGGAAGGUCAUUAGUGGCAUGACUAUUGUGGUGUAAAUUCAAGUUUCACUAGUAUAUUGUGUACAGCCCCUGCAGGACAAAGAGUGAGAUUCAUGCAGUAUUUAAUAAAGGAUGAAAUGAUUUCUUUAGAUUUAAAGCCCAAAGCUGGGCCAGUCAAUUAGCAAAUAAACCAACUGGUGACCCAUAGGGUAAUUUAGUUGUUUCCAGCAGAACACCCAGCCCACGCCCUCCGACUGCCAUGAAGUUUCCAACCAAAGCCUCAAGACUGGGUUCAGUGCAAGGCCUGGAGGCUUCAGCUCCUUCAAAGUCAAGCAUCAGAUCUUCCCGGCCUUUGGUAUGGGGGACCUCUCUAACCCAAGUUGUUAGUGUCCCCCAAGCUGUCCUCUCUAGAAUCGCUUUGGAGCUGCUCCCCCUCCAGAGGUUUUUAAAUGCUUGGGAGGCUACUGUCAGGUCUUACCCUAGCUCGUGUUUCCCGUCAGUGCCCCGCAGAACGCUGUGCACAAAGUAGGUACGGAUUAGUGAAGAGUGAGUGAAUGACUCAGUGUUUUAACAACUCAGUAUUUAUUGAGCCCUCACCAGACGCUGCGGUACAGCUCGCAAGAAUGGGAUAUGUGUCCCGUCCUCAAGAACUAUAUUGUGAGAAAUGGAAAAGACCAUAUACCACUAACUAUAAUGUAAAACAGAGUAAAAUAAAAUGAUAUGAUAGAUGUGCAUCCAAGCCGCACGCUGCAAGGGAAAGACCGGGAACAUUUUAUCCAGCUGGAGCGAAUCAGUGAAGGUAUUCCUGGAGAGCAAACCAUGUGCUGGGCAUUGGAAGGCAGGGAGGGUUUUGGUAGACCUGAAAAAGGUCGGGGAGGCAGACUUUCCAGACUGUGGUCAUUUGUCUCCCUUGAAGCGAGAUGCAUUUUGGGAACUUGUGGUCUUCAAUAGAACAUUUGUGAAAACCAAGCCGAGUUUUUGCGGCUGAUUAAAUGUACAUUUCCUAUGAGUUCUUACUACAUGAAUUGACUAAUUUCAAACAUCAAGGGACUAUUUGAGAAGUUGCGAAAGAUGUUUUAUUCUCUGUAACUCUUAAUUCAGUCUCUCUCCGCUUUCGCUGCCCACCGGGAAAGAAAAGCUCAACGGUUCACACAUUAAAACAGGGCCCCCAGCAGUGUCUGAGAGAGGUACAAGGAAGUCGUCUCCCCACAACUGGCAAGGAUUAGAUGUCUUCCUCCUUGAGCCUAUUUUUUUGACCCCAGGAAACCCUAAGAUGGUACUCUACACCCAAUGACUGACGAAUCAGCCCCACACUCUCCCGCUCCAAGUUUCAACAGGGCUUUUCACCACACACCACGCUGCCAGGACAGGACCUACAUGCUGUUUUUGCAUCUUGCCAGUAUUUAUUAAGUGUUGCUGCAUGUCUGACAUGCACUAUAUAUGCAUAAGCUUACCUGAUCCUAACAGUCUCACAAAGUAGGACCUCACAUCAUUCCUCCUGCGCAGAUGAGGAAUGAGACAAAAGUUCACUCUCUUGCUAGAAAGUGACAGAAGGUGGAUGCGAACCCACUCAGUCAUGCUUCUUCCUCUCUCACCCCUCACCCACGUAGUACUUCUGUUCACAUCUGUGGCAACUUCUUAUCAUCUUCAGUUCACUAAAGUACUCAGUGCUGUACUGUGCAUGGAAUAGGAACUCCGUGAGUAUUUUCCGAAGAAUCACCAACAGGAACACCAGUGGUUUGAACUUCCCCUGGGAGGAGAGGCUGCAGAAAGCCUGCUCAGCGUGCUGAGAAUUUAGUAGAGACCAUUACUACCUCCUUCCCUUUCCACCAUGAUUAAAGAUUAGGAGACGUGCUCAGGAAAGUUGCCCCAGGAAACGUUCACAAGAAAGAAGACACAGGUGGUUUUCAUGAGCUGAGAAGCGGCCAAUCUGGUACCUCCCAUGAGAGGUAGUGCAGUAUCUAGUGUUGACCUUGGAUGCUACUCACGGAUUUUUUUUUUUUCUAUCUGUGUGUGUACGUAUACAUUUACAUGUCAAAGUCCAACUUUGUUUCCCUAAUUGUGCUGACAUCUGAGCUACUCUGUCUAUGUGCAGCAAUCCUAGUGAGGAUUCAGAAGUGGUCCCUGUCAGCCCUCAGAGUAAACAUUUCUGGACUAACCCAGAAGUGCUGACUCCUAUGCAUUGGGUCUUGUAUGUUGUAAGCAAGGUUACUGCUCAGGGACAGGAUUUAAAAGAUGAUCUGACAAAACUGGGAGAGCCAAGUGAGAACUCUGGAGAUGGAGAAUGAGGAUUAGGUAAGGAAGAAAUGGGGAAUAAAGGGAAGAACAAGUACAAAAUAUCAGAUUCUGACCUUAAAAGUGUGAUUUUAGAUCCCCUUGG